AUGGGGGAACAGUCGAGAGAAGGGGUGGCAGCUACCAGAGCGGACCAGAACUGGUCCCAGCGACAGCUGAAAGGCGGAGCGGAAGCGCUACAGCGCGAGAGGGUGGGCGGUCCAUACAGGUACGGGCAACAUCUUAUCCAGGUAACUAGCCAACCAGGAAUGUUGCAUGAUGCCGUUCAACAUAUCCCGCAAUUCACCGGACCAGCAACUGCCCGGUCAUCAUCCGAACCGCCGCCGUCAACUCGCACAUCCAUUGAAAUAACACCACGAGCGACUGCACCGGCGCGAUCCAGGGAGCCAGUGUGGCCUGAACGGCCGCUGCCAGUCACUAGACAGUUUUUGCCACCUGAAAUGCCGUGGUAUCCAAGAGCUGUUCAGCAACAAAGUCAUGUAAUUAGUCGGCCACAGUAUGAAACGCCAUCUCCAGAACCAUGGAUACCUCGUGCUCAGCCGCCGAAAGCAUCACGCGAGCAACUCGGUGCAGAUCAAACACCGAGCGAUAUUCCGCCUAUGCAAAUGGCUCCAACAGUUGUUUCUCCUCAGGCCAAUUAUCCCGUGCAGUGGCUGCAGAGAGACGGCGAAUUUCGAGUCUACGGUUAG